UUAUUCUGCAACAUUUGAGCAUUACGCCGCCCUCGGUGGAGUCGUUGAUCGGGCCACCGCCUUCGUAGCGACAUGGGGAAUGAAGCAUCUCUAAUGGGGGGGUCCAGCUUGGACAUGUCGUCGCGCAACAUGAGCAGCAACUCCCUGGCGGACCUUGGCAUCGAAUCGAUGAACGGACGCGAGAGGUACCCAACAUCGUCGGACGCCAACGACAAGCUUGAGUCCCUCGACUUGCAAGCAGGACUGGACUGGGAAGGGUUUGUACAGAAGAAAGGGCAUCUUGUGCGCAACUGGAAGGUCCGAUACUUCACUCUGGAAGGCAAUCUUCUGUCGUACUACGAAACGAAGGAAGACGCGCGGAAGCGGCGGUUCUUGAAAGGCCGCGUGCAUGUGACCACGGUCGUGCUGGUCGAGGGUCGGAGCCACCACGGGUACGACUUGACGUUCACGACGCAAGAGAGCAAGCCUUUCCAUGUGUCGACCACGACGGAACUGGAGCAGAUCGCGUGGGUGAAAGCCAUGGAGGCGGGUAUUGACUUUUACGCGCUCAACAACUACGGACACUCUGUGUAUGGGAGUACAUUGCUGUCCAAGGCGAGUCCGUGCAACGCCGAGACCAUCUACUCGUUGUAUCGGCGGUUGCUUGCGAACGAGUUGACAUUGUUUGACGAGUUCAUUUCGUACUUCAACAAAGACUUGGUGUUUUCGUCGUAUUACCCGCGCAAGUUUCCAUUCCACGGCGACUUUUUCGGCCGCGAGGGGCUGCUCGUGUACUUGAGUUGUUUCCGGGAGAACAUUGAGCUCGUUGAGUUUACGAUCAGCGACGUCCAGGUCGACCGCGACGGCAAGGCGGCCACGAUCAAGGGCCAUGAGAAGAUUCGAUCCAAAGCCAACGGCGUCGACAUUGUCCAGCCGUGGGUGCACCGCAUCCGGUUUGGUCCGUACGGCAAGAUUCUGCGCCUCAAGAUUGAGAUCGACACGAAAAUGGCCAAGGGCAACUGGAAUAGCCUCAACGUCGUGCCCGUGUACUCGGACGAGACGCUCACGGCCAUGCGCUCGACGCGCGCGCUCAGCAUCUCCAUGCAGGACUUCACCGUGUACAACGUGAUCGGCAAGGGGGGCUUUGGCACGGUGGUGAGCGCCGUGAAAAAGAGCGAUGGCCAGAUCUACGCGCUCAAGAUUCUCGAAAAAGGCAAAAUGACCAAGUACGACAUUGAGUCGUCGUUCACGGAGAUGCGCGUGGCGCAGAACAUCCACCACCCGUUCAUCGCGGGCCUGCGAAUCGCGUUCCAGUCGACAACCAAGCUGUUCCUGGGCAUGCACUACUACAACGGCGGCGACCUGUUCCACCACAUGAGCAAGGGCGCGACGUCCCGGAUUUCUCCGCCGCGCGCCAAAUUUUACACGGCCGAGUUGGUGCUCGGUAUCCACCAUUUGCACAAACACGAUAUUUUGUACCGGGACAUCAAGCCGGAAAACGUCAUGAUUGACGCGGACGGACACAUUGCACUGGUGGAUUUUGGAUUGGCCAAGUUGCACGUGAGCGAGUUUAAAGGUGCGAAAACGAUGGCCGGGUCUCCGCAGUACACGGCGCCAGAGCUGCUGCUGCCCAAGGCCAAGCGAAGCUACGGCAAGGCGGCAGACUGGUGGAGUUUGGGCAUCUUGCUGUACGAAAUGAGCAUUGGCAAGUCGCCGUUUUUCGACUCGAACAUUGAAAAGAUGUACCACAAGAUCCAAAACGACCCGCUCGCGUUCCCAGCCAACCCAGAGACGUCGCCAGAGUUGCAAGACUUGUUGCUUGGGGUACAAACAAACUCGAUCAUAUCGUGGAUGGUAUUGACAAUGGCGCGUACACGUAGCUGCUGCGCAAGGAUCCUCACCAACGGUACGGCACAAACUCGAUCUCGGACAUUCUGGACCACCCGUUCUUUGCCGGCAUGGACUGGGACCUGCUGCUGCAAAAGAAGAUUGACGCGCCGUGGAAACCCCACUUGACGUCGACGCUGGACGUCAAGUACGUGGACACGGAGUUCACCGACCUGGACGUGAGCGACGAGGUGCUCAGUCCCACGGACAAAGCGUCCAAGGGCGGAUUGCUGUUUGAAAAGAUUGAAAAGAUGUUUGUGCCUCGGAAUGCGAAAAAGGCGGCGGGGCCGGUGCAGGACCCGACGUUCAAGGACUUCACCUACUACUGCCAGGACCCGAAUUCGCUCGUGGAUGCCACAUCACUAGUCGACGAGCUGCACAAACCAAACGCGAUGGACGCUGGUGGCGAUUGUGACGGCACGGCCAACGGCACCCCCCUCAGCUCGUUCAUCGCGAACGAGUCGACGUCGGACAGCCGCCUCGGCCGGUCCCCCGACAUCUUUCCCGUCGAUCCGCGCUUGAACCCGCCGUAUAAUUCGAAAAUGCCCCUCGAAGUCGAAGAGCGCAAGAAGACACCGCCGCCGCCUCCCCUCUACGUCCCCCCUCCCCGGAACCCCCUACCCCCCAAGCCCGCGGUCCGGACGCCGUCCCCCAACGCGUCGACCGACUCGACGACGGAAGAAAAGGACGACGCGGUCCGGCGCAACGCCGCCACGGCACCCGUGUUCUUUCGCAAUUCGUUUCGCCAUUCGUUCCGCGCGCCAUCCGACUAGUCGUACAGUAUAUAUAAAACACAGCACAAUAUAUACACACCG